CCAGCUGUCAACUCCCUUCCUCCCGGCAGGCUGCACCCCCCUCCCCCGGCAGCAUGGCGUCCAUCGAGGAGGACGGCGCAGUGGAGGAGAAGGAAAACAACAACAAGAAACGAACGAAAGGCGCCAUUGCCACAGCGUGGCUCACCUUCUACAACAUCGCCAUGACGGCCGGGUGGUUGGUUCUGGCCAUGGCCAUGAUGCGCUUCUACAUGCAGAAGGGCACACACAAAGGUCUGUACAGAAGCAUUGCGAGGACCCUCAAGUUCUUCCAGACGUUUGCUUUAGUGGAGGUGGGACACUGUGCCAUCGGAAUCGUGAGGACUUCUGUGAUCGUCACCGGGGUGCAAGUGUGCUCACGGAUCUUCAUGGUUUGGUUCAUCACCAACAGCAUCAGACAGAUCCAGAAUGAAGAAAGUGUGUUGCUGUUCCUGGUGGUGUGGACGCUGACAGAGAUUACCAGAUAUUCCUACUACACCUUUAACCUGCUCAACCACCUGCCGUAUUUCAUCAAAUGGGCCAGAUACAACCUCUUCAUCGUCUUGUACCCGCUGGGGGUGGCGGGCGAGCUGCUCACCAUUUACUCGGCGUUGCCCUUCGUACGCAGGUCGGGAAUGUACUCCAUGAGGCUUCCCAACAAGUACAACGUGUCCUUCGACUACUACUACUGCCUCAUCAUCAUCAUGCUGUCUUACAUCCCACUGUUUCCUCAGCUCUUCUUCCACAUGUUGCGGCAGAGGAGGAGAGUUCUCCACGGGGAGGUCAUCGUGGAGAAGGAUGACUAGACGUCUGGAUGAAGAGUCAACGUGUUUACAAUCCACUAGCCUUAGCAUGUUGCACGCACUGAGAGGAAACACAUCGACUAAUAAGGAUGCUUUCCAGCUGGUCGUACCUCCAAUAAGACUUUGUUCAAAGCUUUCAAACGUCUUGUUUGUGUCCAAUCAAAGGUGCUAUCCACAUCAUUUAUGUCCAACAUGUCAGCUGUUCUCCGUACUUCUAGACAAUUGUAAAUCACUGCCACCUACUUUUUAGCAAAAACAUAACUUAUGUGCAAAAUUAAUAAAGUAAA